CACGGAUACAUAGGUAGAAUUGCUUCUGUAUAUAUUGUGCUGCCGUACUCAAAUUGCUCACUCAGCUAGUCUUAUAUUCUUUUUCUUUUAUUAACAUGGAUUGCUGAAAUCUCCAGAUAUCUAGAACUGCAUAACAUAAUCAUCAUUUUUCCCCCGAUUUUCACAAUGGCUGUAUGUGUGAAGGAACAAGCUCACUACUCUCCUCCAUGGGCUGGAGUUAGCAUCAUAGGCAUAGCUGGAAGUUCUGGAUCGGGAAAAUCCACUUUGUCUCAUGCCAUUAUCUCUCAAAUGAACUUGCCAUGGGUUUGCAUUCUCAGCAUGGAUUCGUUUUAUAAGUCAUUAGACGCGGAAGGGUCACGAAAAGCAUUUUUGAAUGAAUAUGACUUUGAUUCACCGGAUGCAAUAGAUUUCGAUAGACUAGUCGAGAUAUUGCAAGACCUGAAAGCAGGAAAGAGAGCUGAGAUCCCGAUCUAUUCAUUCGCAAAGCAUGCUCGAGAGAAGGAGACUACAUCAAUAUAUUCACCACAUGUACUCAUAUUGGAGGGUAUCUUUGCAUUAUACGAUCCUCGAGUUCUUAAAUUGCUAGAUAUGAAGGUAUUCUGUCAAGCAGAUGGAGAUACCUGUUUAUCCCGAAGAAUCCUUAGAGAUGUCGCAGAAAGAGGUAGAGAUAUUGAAGGUGUUAUAAAGCAAUGGUUUGGGUUUGUGAAGCCAAACUUCCAACGAUAUGUAGAGCCUCAGGGAGAAAUUGCCGAUAUUAUUGUGCCACGAGGUGUAGAAAAUCGAGUUGCUAUCAAUAUGGUCGUACAAUACAUCCAACGAACAUUAAAGGAAAAAUCAAUAGCACACAUUGUGGCCUUGAAGAAAUUGGGUUUGGGUGCUGAGGAUGAGCCUCUAUCUAAAUCAGUUCUUCUUUUGGAGCAAACACCUCAAUUCAAAGGGAUGAAUACGAUCAUCCAAGAUAUAGGAACUCCAGCAGAAGAUUUUGUUUUCUACUUUGACCGGAUUGCUACUUUACUCGUUGAACAUGCUAUGAACAAUAUAUUCUUCACAGAAAAGACUGUUGAGACACCGAUCGGCAACAAGUACCAUGGUUUAAUAGCUACGGGCGAAGUUAGUGCAGUUGUUGUCCUUCGGGCCGGAGGAGCUCUGGAAACUGGCUUAAAGCGGGUCAUCCCGGAUUGCAAGACUGGAAGGCUACUGAUCCAAUCGAAUAUCCGAACGGGUGAACCAGAAUUACAUUUCUUAAAUUUACCGGACAAUAUCAACAAACAUGAUAGUGUCUUGUUACUUGAUCCACAAAUGUCAAGUGGGGGAGCUGCACUUAUGUCUGUCCAAAUUCUCGUCGAUCAUGGAGUACCACCCGAGAAGAUUGUAUUUGUGACUUACACUGCAGGGAAAAUGGGAUUAAACCGACUUACAAAGGUCUUCCCUGAGGUUAAAGUUGUGGUAUGCACGAUAAUUCAGGACUACGAGGAGAGGUGGAUCGAAAAGAGGUAUUUUGGAUGUUGAUCAUGACGAGAUGGUUGGUAAUAGCCUGGUUUGAUGGAUAGAUCAGCGACACUCUAGUAAGUAGUAUAUACAUAUAUAUAUUCAUAACAGGAUAUUGUUCCAAGACUUUAGUUUUGACCUGUUGAUUAAAUGAACCAAUGGUAUACUACUAUCAAAUAUUUUAAUACCAAUUUAAACAAAGC